AUGGCGGUCACAGUCCUGUUGCUGUAUUUUGGUCUUCUGGUGUCGGCGAGUUACGGAGACUUGAUAAAAACUUCCGGAGGGCUUGCCUUAUCCAAUGCCAAACAACCUGGAAGUGGUAUCGCAACCAGUCAGAAUGUUCGCCCAGAUUCUGGUCAUUCUGGCUGUGGCGGUCCUGCCCAACUAACACAUAACCACGGACAUUUUUCCUCAACCAGAAACGCGUCAGUGACAUUGUAUGAAAAUAAUAUCCAGUGUCAUUGGAGGAUCCACUCUACGUCUGGAAACAUUAUCCGGCUCCGGGCUCUCUCUUUUGAUUUAGAAGAUGAUAACGAGUGCGACAAUGACUAUUUAGCCGUAUACGACGGGAAGAACACACGAUCGAAUCUCAUUGGGAAGUUCUGUGGUAACGCCAGCGUGGAGCUGAUAUCAUCCGACCGAUACCUGUCCCUGUUUUUUGUAACCAACAGUCACAGACAAGCUACAGGAUUCAACUUCACCUACGACUUCGUACAAGCGUCAACUGGAUGUGGAGGGAACUUCUACAGAUGUGCAAACAACCGGUGUGUCCCCAAACUUGGAAUCUGUGACGGACACAACCAGUGUGGCGAUGCCAGCGACGAAGAAAACUGUGCUACAUCCGGUGCCUGUAGCGGUACAGAGCACGAGUGUCCCGACAACACGUGUAUCCCCAAAGAAUGGGUGUGUGACGGCAGUGACGACUGUGGCGAUCUGGCGGACGAGGAUAACUGUGGAAAACAAACAGGAUUGUCUGGCUGUAGGAAUAGUGCAUGGCAAAAUGGUACCUGCGGUUCCUUCAGCAGUAUGGACUACACUGGACCAAUCUCGGAGUAUGAAAAUGAUACUGAAUGUCAUUGGGAUAUCAAUGUUCCGGACGGCAAGUUUAUCAAGUUGACCUUUGACCCCGACUUUGAGAUAGAGGAUGGCCAUGCCGUUUGCGACACCGAUCGACUUACUAUAUUAAAUGGCAAAGACCAUUCCCUUAUAGACGAAUACUGUGGAAUGACCGCUCCUGAUCCAAUCAUCAUCCCGAAUGACCACGCACUGGUCAAGUUCUUCUCAGACGAAGAGUUGAGUUACAAGGGAUUUAUGAUACAUUGGGAAGCAGUAGACGCCGCUGGCCUGCCUACUGAAGUGAAACACGAUGCUGGUCCCUAUGGGUGUGACCAGUGGAUUAACUACACGGGCCCGGGGAUAAUACAAACUCCCAACUUUGGUCCCGGGAACAACUACCUUGACAAUACUACCUGUGUUUGGAGAAUAUUUGGCCCUGAAGGUUACGUUAUCAAGGUACAUUUUAACGAGUUUGGUGUGGAAGGCUCUUUUCUGUGUAAAUUCGAUAGUGUCCGAAUUUACGAUGGUCCUAGUACUGGGGACGAUCUUCUUGCUACCAUCUGUGGACGCAGACUGCCCAGAGAUGAGUGGUCGAAAUCAAAUAACAUGAUGAUUGCCUUCUACGCCGACAGGAGCUUCAAUGCACAAGGACUCAACGCGACAUUCGACGCUGUCAAAGUGGUGUCUAACCCUCAGUCACAUGAAUCGGCCUGUACCAAGAAAGUUACACUGAGAGGUGACCACGGCACUCUGACCUCUGACCUCUACGACGGGGCUACUGAGUACCCUAACGACUUAUUUUGCCGCUGGACGAUUGUUGCUCCCGCUGGCAAAGUCAUCACACUAACCUUUAAUACUUUUGAGACGGAGGAAGACAAAGAUUGCCAAAAUGAUUUCCUUCGCAUUACAGAAGGCCAUAAGAAUAGGCAUUUAUGUGGAUUCGUGUACCCAGAAUACAUCACGAGCCACGGACGUAAUAUGGACAUCCAGUUUGUGACGGAUGAAAGCAUCGGUGGAUUCGGGUUCAAUAUAACUUACGACAUCCACGAUCCAAUACCCGAUUGUCCCCAUGCCGACGACUUCCGGUGUAAUGACAACUCGUGUAUACGUGUCAAUCAAGUAUGUAACGGCCAAAAUGACUGUCCAGGAGGGACAGAGGAAAUUGUAUGCGGGAAUGUUCCCACGUGCGGAAUCCCUGCCAUAACUCCAUCUACUGGCAACACGAAAAUUGUUGGCGGGAAGGUGGCUAUCCCAAACAGUUUACCUUGGCAGGUGUCUCUCAGGUUUUUAGGUUCUCACAUGUGUGGAGGGACAUUGAUUGCCCCACAGUGGAUAGCUACAGCGGCUCAUUGUUUUGAAUACAAUAGAAAUCCUAAGAACUGGAAAAUUUACGCGGGGAAACAGCACGAGAAAAAGGAUGAUCCUCACCAACAGCUUAGAGACGUAGUCAAAAUACUAAUACACGACCAGUAUAACUCAGCCGCAUCGGACAACGACAUUUCUUUGCUGAAGGUGGACCCGCCAUUUUCGAUCAAUGAUUUUGUCAGUGUUGCCUGCUUACCGACAGAAGAAGCUCCGGACGGAAUGGAAUGCAUGUCGUCUGGAUGGGGAGAUACCAAGGGCACUGGCGGAGAAGGUCUUUUAAAACAAGUGACACUACCGGUGGUGAAUUUACAGAAAUGUAACGGAUCUGACCUGUUGGAUGGAGAGGUCACAGCCAACAUGAUCUGUGCAGGCUUCGACUCAGGUGGUCACGAUACAUGUCAGGGUGACAGUGGGGGACCAUUCAUCUGUAAACUGAGCGGGAAAUGGCAGAUGGAAGGAAUAGUAUCAUGGGGAUAUGGGUGUGCAAAACCUAACUCACCAGGAGCAUACACACGUGUCAAUAACUAUAUACCUUGGCUUCUACAAAACGUUGGAUCGCAUUCUCCAUAGAUGUAUUUUGCAUGCUUUAUCAAUCUCGGUAUAUCCAA